AUGCAAUGCCGCAAGCCUCCCGAGGACUCUCGACAGUUUCCAGUGGGCUCAUUGCUGCCUUUCAUGGGUACCCUUGGUCAAGAAACCCUUCGUGCUCCUGUCACUCCGGUUCAGUCUCCGAAGCGCCUGCUCUCGUCCCCGCCAGAAGCUGAGCGAGUCCAACGCCCGAGGUUGCGCUUCGAAGAUGACAGCCCGCCGCAUGAAGCUGUGGAGGAUGACCGUCCUCCCCAUUUGCGACUUCCACCCUUUUCAAGUCUUCUGAAGAUAGCUGACGCGGGGGAGAUGAAGGCCAAGAACAGCAGACGCGCGAAGACACAACCCUCCUCCCCGUCCGAAGACACUUGUUCGAACCCCUUCGAUCCGCGUACCAACCCAGAGCACAUGCAAGCCCUGUCAGCUUCUUCGAAGCCUGGUCUCGGCAGUGCUUUCCAAUUUGAGCCUGCGGACAAAUCUGCGCAGAAUGCGUCAGAUGACGGAGAUACGCCCCCCAGACGCCACAAUACUUCUCAAGACGACUCGCUGGUUGUCAAGUCUCCUCGAACAGGUCAAUCAAUUUGCGCUCCGCGUGCUGAAGAACUUCGCACUGUUUCUCGGCGACUCAGCUGUGAAUACGAUUCGGACGAUAGCUUCCCCGCAGCGCCUCGGGGGGUCUACAAUCAUCAGCGAGGUUCGUCGUCAACGGAUGAUUUGCUAAGCAGGCCGUCGUCUCGCGGAAGCUGGUCGGCGAGUUCGUAUCACGUUCGGAGGCCCCCGUCUAGUGAAUUCUCCUUGCGUUCUUCUUCACGUUCUACGAGCCCCGGCUUCAUCUCGGAUGCGGAGAUCUUGAAUCUUGUCGAAGAAUCACGGAGUGCACAGGCUCCCCGGGAUCGUUGUCAGUCGCUAGGCUUUGCGCACUAUCGCGCUCGUCCUCAGGUGGUCGCAAGUCAGCCAAAUGUCCCGCUUGUGAGAAGGACGAACGAUGCUCGGGUUCCUAGCACCCCCCUAUCUAGCCUCCCGGGACGCAGCUCGUAUCAGCAGCGCCCACUCUCGCGCGACCAGAGCGGAUCUGUGAAACCACGUUUGCCAUCUAUUCAACAGCUCAAGGAGUCAAACGGUCUGCCUGAUCCCCGGGAGCUCGGGCCUCCGCCUCAAGUCCCGCAAGUCCCGCCUUUGAUUGUGCCGAAGCCCAGGAAACCUCAGCUGUGCGUGCCCAGUAAUAAGCAGUCUGACACCAAGUUUCACUUGUACUCCCCCAAGGUCCCGUCCUACCUCAACCCCGAGCGUGCCGCGUCGUUCGAGCACCGCCCCGCUCUUGCGAGAGGAGCGUGGUCCUCGUACGACCGGCCGCCGGCCGUUCACGAUAUACGUGAUUGUUUCGAUAGCAAAUGUAACAGGGCCCGCUUGGUGAACGGUUUUCAUAUGCUAUGCUGGGACUGCGUGCAUGCGUCGGAGGCCAUGAUCGGGUUGCUGAUGGCGCGUGCCGUGGUAUAUGGUUUCCGGAAUCCUUCCCGAAAGUCCUCAGCAGGCGCAUAA